AUGUCAGGACGUGGUCGCGGACGUGGUGGUGGUGGUGGUCGUGGACGUGGUCGUGGAGGACGUGGUGGCGGACGAGGCGACUAUGACCAAUCGAUGCCGUCGCCAUCUUCCGGUCGUGGCAGCGGACGUGGUCGCGGUGGUGACUAUCCGGCACCCCCACCACCGUCGUCAACUCAGUUUCCAUCGCUAUCAGCUCCGGCUCCCGCUCCCGCUCCCGCUCCGGCUUCGUCUUCUUCAUCGGCUUCUCUGAGCCGCGACAUGCAGCAGAAACUGACGAUUCAAUCUGCGGCUCCUGCCCAGCCGGCGGUUUCCGUACAAACGCCGCCGGUGAUCCAAAUGCCUCAGCAGUCCGUACAAGCUCCGGCGCAGCCAGUUCAGGAACCGGUGCAGCCACCUCCGUUAUCGUCGAAGGCGGAGCGGCGGCUCUCCGACGAGGCCGGGGUACG